AUGGGAUGUCUUUUAAUGGGAUGGGAUCGGUUUUCUGGCCUCUUAAGAGGUGACCACACCAGCAGUGCAGGGACAGGGGAAAUCUUGAAGGCAGAUGGUUGGGGUGGCAGGAGCACACACGAUCGGGAAGCGUGGUCAGGAAAAGCAGGCCCAAGGCUGAGGUGUGCCACGCGGAAUGAAAGGCUCUCACUUUGGGGUUCUGAGUCUCCGGGCCUGCAGGCGGAGGCCCGCCAGCUCCGGGGUCUGGGGACCGUGGGACCCGAGGCGCGUGCGGCAGCGCCCUCUGCCGGCCGCGCGGGGCAAGCCGCCAGUCAACGCAGCUCUGCAGGUGGGACCAGGGAUCCCUCCCGCUGCCUCCGCCCCGGCUCCAUCCCUUCAGAGGACCUCGCCGACUGGUCCCCGAUCGGAUUUCGGGAGGCGCAUCUCUAUCUGGCACCUGUGGACUGA